AUGCCAAAAAACAAGAAGUUAGGGUCGGUCUUGCCAGCCGAAGCCGUUGGCCAGAGUAUAGGAGGUCCUAGCGGACGCUUGUCCACGUCUCUUGAGAUUGAGGACUCAUCAAAUGAGAACCUCAAGCAUCGCCUCCAUGAGUGGGCAACCUCAGCGCGAAAUGACGACGAGGCAGGUUCGGAAUACGAGAUGCUUAUGGACCCAAAUCUACCUGAUGAGUAUGAGACACGACGAAAGGGCUCAGGAGAGUCUGGUGAUGAAGCAGCGCUGCUCAGUGGUGAUGCAGACGACGAAGAGGAAGAAAACUCCCCUUAUCCUGAAGUUCGAGCUGCGGUAAGAAACUUCGACGAAGAUCUUCCAUGCAAUACAGUGAGAGCUUGGACUAUAGGGAUGACGCUGGUGGUGCUAGGUGCUAGUACGAACACGCUCUUGUCUCUCCGCCAACCGUCCAUCAGUAUUGGGCCUCUCAUCGCUCAAAUCGUUGCGUGGCCUAUGGGUCAUGGCUGGGCAAAGAUUGUUACUAACAGGGAGUUCACCACUUUUGGUAUUACGUGGACUCUGAAUCCUGGCCCCUUUAAUGUCAAGGAACACGCAAUCAUCGUUGUCAUGGCCAGUGUGUCAUUCUCUGUCGCGUAUGCUACAGAUAUCAUCCUUGCACAGGUUGUCUUCUACAAGCAGGACUUUGGUAUUGUGUUCCAGCUUCUCCUGACUAUCUCAACGCAAUCUGUGGGAUAUGGCAUUGCGGGGAUGCUACGCAAGUUCUUAGGCAAGUUGUCCCUAUGUCACCGUGAUCCCGCAACUAACCCUAAAAGUCUAUCCCGCGUCCAUGAUCUGGCCCGAGAAUCUUGGUUUCUGGCGCAAUUUCUGAGUAUCUUUGCUGUUGCCACAUGGAUGGCACCUCAGAAUCCUAUUGUGAACCAGCUAUUUGGAGGACAGACGGGUGUUUCGCUUCUUCCUAUCACCUUUGACUGGACUCAAGUAGCAGGAUACGUUGGCUCGCCGCUCAUUCCACCGUGGAUUCUCACGAAGAACUUUGAUUUGGAUGAAGAAGAGUACAAGAACUACUCCCCUCUUUUUAUUAGCACCACUUUUGCCAUCUCUUACGGCUUGUCGUUCGCUGCUAUAUCGUCACUCGUUGUCUACACCUAUCUGCAUAACGGAAAGCAGAUCUGGCAACAAUGGAGAAACAGCACAAACGAGAAGCCUGACAUUCAUAUGAAACUCAUGAGAAAGUAUAAGGAGGCUCCUACCUGGUGGUAUAUGUCCCUAUUUGCUGUUAUUGGCUUGAAUGUCUUGACCGAGUUCAUCUAUGGAUAUCUUCAGCCAGGUCGACCUCUAGCGCUCAUGAUGGCGCAAUCGCUUCGUUUUGUCUCGGACUUGAAGUUCGGACAUUACAUGAAGAUCCCCCCUCGAACCAUGUUCCUGUCUCAAGUCGUUGCCACUACAUGCUCAUGCUUCAUACAGAUCGUCGUUCUAAACCUAUCCCUGAAAAGCAUACCUGGAGUCUGUGAGCAACCACCCUUCACGUGCCCUGGUGGCCGUGUCUUCUUUGCCGGUAAGUCACGCAAUCCAUCGCCUACAGCUCUCCCUAAUUGGCUAGCAUCUGUGAUCUGGGGCCUCCUGGGUCCUGCACGCAUGUUUUCCCCUGGUCAGGUAUACUCUGGCCUCUUCGUCUUCUUUGUCUUGGGUGCCAUUACACCAAUAGUCAUCUAUGUCUUAGCCAAACGAUGGCCGAGGUCUCCGGUGCGAUAUCUUAUGGCACCCCUCAUAUUCGGAGGCGCAGGGGCGAUCCCGCCUGCAACGCCGCUGAAUUAUCUCUCAUGGGGCAUUGUUGGCUUCGUCUUCCAGUUCUGGAUCAAGAAGCGCCACUUCAGGUGGUGGACCAGACUCAACUUCCUGACGUCGUCAGCUCUCGAUCUAGGUCUCGCCCUAUCGACUUUGUUCAUCUUCUUUGCUUUUACGCUGCACGGUGUAGAUCCGCCAAGCUGGUGGGGGAACAAUGUUGUCACCUCGACGAUGGAUGUCCAGGGGACCGCGAUACAAGCUCACGUACCAGAUGGAGAGCGAUUCGGGCCCGAGAGCUGGUGA